AUGUUAAAGUCUUUUCAUAUGAAAGAAUUGAUUUCUUCAAAAGAAAUGCUGAAAUUCGAAGCUUUAUUGAGUGAAGAUCAAAAGAAAGCGUCAAAUGAAUAUGGCGAUAAUCUGUUACAAUAUAAUGUAAUUGAACAUAAUAUAUUUUGUGGCAAAAAGGUUAAAACAGAAAUUGAAUUUAAAGAGUUUUACGAAACUUAUCUCGGAUUUCCUGCAGAUAAAGUUAAAGAAGUUAGCCAAAUUCUGAUUCGUAGUGGACGAUUGAAUGCUGAGAUUAAUGAAAAGUCAGGCACAUUAAUAUAUUCGGAUUCGCUUUCACUGUUGGAAAAAGCUGACUAUAUUUAUCAAAAUAUGUUUAAAGAGUCUCAUUCAACAUCGUCAUCCUCAUCCUCAUCGGCAUAUUCAAAUACAUCUACAUCUACCAGAAGUACAAGACAAAAGUUUCGUUCCAAACUACUCGCUCAUUGUCAUCAGAAUGGCUCGAGACCAAUGUUAAGAUGUGAACUAUCGAAUAAAGAGUAUCCGGCAGAACAUGUUAGUGCUGGUCAUAUUUUCAAAAAAUCAUUUGGAGAUUCAUUAUUGAACGACUUUUUCAAUUUGAACGAUAUACAUGAACCAAGUAAUGGCAUUCUUAUGUAUGCACUAAUUGAAUAUCAUUUUGACCACGGAAACUUGUGUCUGCUGAAAAAUUCAUGUGACAAUCAUUAUAAUAUUCAAAUUUUAUCUGAUAAACUGAAAAAUAAAUUAAUUAUCGACGAAGCAAAAAAAGUUCUUAAAUCAAGUUAUCACGCACCGUCUGAAACAACAAUGACAUUCAAUGAUUUAGAACAACAACAUGUAGAUCUUCCCGGGAGAUCCAAAAGGUUAAUUUGUUUUCAUGCAUCAUUAGCAAUUAAACGACAUGAAACCAAUCAUGAUCAUUCAAGCAUUAAUAUGAUUGAGUUUUGGUCACCCGAGUCAAUCGAUCGAGUUCAACUUUAUGAACAAAAAGUCAAAGCAUGGUUUGAAUUGAAUGAGAAAGACGAUGGUGGUCCAAUUAAAGAAGGUUUACUAGUAAAGUUAAAAGCAAAAGGAUUACCACCGUCCUUAGUGAAUUGGUUUGAAAGCUAUCUCUCAAACAGAGAAAUUGUGACCACGUCAACAAGAAUCGUUGAUAAAGGAGUGCCCCAAGGCUCGAUCUUGGGACCGUUACUGUUUUUGAUUUUUAUUGAUGAUCUUGAUGAUAAUGUUAGUGCAACAAUGCGAUUGUUUGCUGACGAUGCCUCACUCUACCGCGUUACAGAGAAAAACGAUAUUAGAAAAGUUAUAGACCAAGUAAAUAAAGAUUUACUCUUAAUUUACGAAUGGUCUAUAACUUGGAAAUUGUAUUUAAAUAUUGAUAAAUGUAAAGCUAUGAUUUUUUCUACUCGUGAGCGCGAUACUCUCGCUUCGCUGCCACCCGUCUUAAUCAAUAAGUCGUCUAUCUCUUACGUUGUUGAACAAAAACAGUUAGGCUUAAUUUUAAGGUCAAAUCUAGACUGGACAGCGCACGUAGAUUAUGUUUUAACUAAAGGAAGUGGUUUAACUGAUCUUCUAAAGCUUCAUACACGUGCGUUAUCUAGACAGGCAUUAGAUCUAGUGUACAAGUCAUUUAUAUUAAACUUGUUCACUUACGCGUCAGCGAUAUAUGGAAAUACAUCUGAUAGAAAUCUUGAUCGACUUGAGUCAGCACAAUACAAAGCUGCAAGAGCGGUGUCAGGCGCUAUGAUGCACAGUUCUAAGGCAUGA